AUGAUUUUUUUAAUAUUUUGCUUGACUUUUUAAGUAAUCGCAAAUUUUAGUUUAGAAUUAGGCUAAACAUAUAAUGAGUAUCUAAUAUAAUCAUAAUUUAGUGCUAUAAUACCUUGGCAAGGAGAUAAAAAUUAUAAAUAUUAUCAAAUUGAUAUAGAAAAAGCUCUUUAAAAUAGAGAUUUAAUAAUAGUUGUUAAAUAACAAUCUACUUUAGGAAAUCCUGAUAUUUAUAUUUCUUCUAAGGAGCAAAAGCCAAAUAAAACAAAUUAUGAGAUUCAAUGUAAUUCAUAAGGAAUGGGUAGUUUAAUUUAUAAAUGGUUUUAGAUAUUUGUGUAAUUGAAUAGCCAGAGAAGAAGACUUAUUAUUUAGCAGUAUAUUGUGAGGAUUAUUGUCGAUAUAAUUUAAAAGCGGUUUAUCAAGAGGAAUUAAUGAUGACAAAUUGUAAGUAUCAUAAUAUAUAUGAAAUAGCUGAUGAUUUAGAGUUUAAGUUUAAUAGUUCAAGUUGGACAGAAAUAAUUAGAAUAAAAAUAAAUUAAUUAAAUUUGAAUCCUAUAAAACAGGAUUAGAAUUUAGAAGUAUAAGUGUAAGUAAAGAAUAUUGAGAUUUUGUAAGAGUCUUUUUAAUCAUUUAUGAAUUUUGGAAUGGAAAAGCCAACACAAUAAAAACAUCAAUAUAAAGGAUAAGAUACAUUUUCUGGAAUUUAAAAGUUUAAGAUAAAUAGAAUAAUGGCAAAUUAAACUUAUACACUUUUAGUAGAAGCAUAAUAAGGAGCAAUUGUGUAGAUAAAAACAAGAACUUAUGGAUAGAAAAGGUUUAUUAAUGUAGGAGAUUCAAUAGAAGAAGUAUUAUAAGAAAAUGAAUUUGGAUUCUAUGUAUUAAAUAUUACAUCAGAUUAAGAAUAAUUUUAAUUAGGGAAAUUGAUUUUAAAUAUUUAAUUGAUAUCUUUUAAAGGUUAUACUGAAUUAUAUGUUAAUAUGGAUGAGAAUCCAAAAUCUUUAGAAGAUUAUCAUUGGAAAUUAAAAGAUGGAUCAACAGAUGAUUUAAUAAUUACAAAUGAAGAUUUGAAUCGUUUAAAAGCUAAAGGAUUUUAUGCAUUUAUAGUAAUAUAAGCAAAAGAAUCAAAUGCUACAUUUGAAUUAAAAACUUAGAUGUUGAAUCCAGAUUUAAUGGUAAUGGAAUUGAAUAAACCAGCAAUUAGUUAGAUGAGUAAGUUGAAGUUUCAUCAAUAUAAAUUCUUUAUAAAAAGCAAUAAAAGAUAAAGUGUUAGUGUUAGUCUUAGAAAUAUAAAAGGAGAUGCAGAUAUAAUACUAAAAUCAUGUUAAGAUUUUUGGUCUUGUAAAUUUAAUUAAGAAGAAUAUAAUAAUAUAAAUGCUAUAGAUUUAAAAAAUAAUAGUAGUGAAUAGUAAUAUUUAUAUUCUUUAAAGUAUUAAUGAAAUAAUAUUUAAUAGUCCUGGAAAUGAUAUAAUAAUAUUUGAUUAUUUACCAUAAAAUUGUAAAGAAUAUAAGAAUGUUCAUAUGUGUUUCUAUACUAUAAUGAUUAUUCCUGGAUAAAAUAAUAUUGAAGAUGAAUUAACAUACUCUAUUUUAAUAACAACAAAGCAAGAUUCAAUUAUAUUGAAAGAAAAUGCACCAAUUAAAUAAUUUGUAUUUCAUGAAUUCUAUAAUUACUAUAAAUUUAUAGUGAAUGAUAAUGAUCAUAUAAAAAGACUUUUUAUCUAAUUAACUCCUAUUUAAGGUUAACCAAAGAUAUUUUCAUCUAAGAGUGAAAUAUAUCCUUCAAAAGAACAAAAUGAUAAUCAAGGUGUUCAUAAUUUAAUUACUUAUGGAGAUAAAGACAAUAAAGAAUCAAUUAAUGGAAGUAUUUAUAUUGGAGUUUAUGGUGAAACAGCUAGUUAAUAUAUUAUUACUGCAAUUAUAUUCAGAAAAUAAGAUGAUUGGGGAACAAUUGGAAAAUAUGCACAUUAAUAUAUUUAACUUAUAGAAGGUUAGCCACAAGAAAUUACAACUAAUUAUUCAUAGGAUAUUUAAUUAUUCAAAAUUGAUUUAACUGGAUAUAAUGAUAAAGAAACAGUUAAAGUGUAUAUGAGAGUUAAUUCAGGCUAAUUUUGGAUGUUUGGAUUUGAUCAUCCAGAAGUUGAUAUAAAUAAAGCAUUUUUAAAAGGAUAAAAUAAAUUAGUACUUUAAUUAUCAAACUCAUAAAAACUUCCAUAAUAUUUGUUUGUUAGAGUUCAAACUAAUUCUUCCACUUCAUAUCCUCCAUAUUCAUAUUCAAUAAAUUAUAGAGUUAAUUCAUAACCUAUUGAAUUGGUUAUAGGAGAUAAUUAUUAAGGUUUUAUUGAAAGUUCUGAGAAACUACCUUUUUUUGUCAAUAUUUAUAAAGAAGAAGAUAUUUAUAUCUUUCUCCAUGUUGAAAAUACUGAUCAAUCUAUUUUAUCAGCUACUAUUUUUGUUUAAGAUGAUAUUAUUAAUAUGAAUUCAUAAAGUAAGAUAAUUACUGCUAAUUAACUUAAAUAUAAAAAAUGUAAAAAGACUGAAGAAAUAGUUUCAUGUUAAAUUACUAUUCUUAUAGAAUCUAAUUAAGAUUCUCACUUUUCGUUAUUGAUUUCAAAACCCUCAUCAAUCAUAAAACUUUAUAAUGAAGAAUCAAUUACAAAAACAAUAACAAAUGAUUAUGAUUAUUUUACAUUUUUAUUAACUGAAGAAACAGAGAUAGCAAUAUAUUCUCCUACAGCUAAUAUUAGAAUCUUGGCCAAUAUUAUAUAAAUAGAUUCACCAACAAUAGAUUAAUUCCCAACUAAUGAUGAUAAUUCAUAAUUUUAAUCAUUAAAUGAUUUAAUUGAAAUAGAAAGUUCACUCUUUAUCUCAUUGGAUGAAAUAAAAAAGGCAAAUUGUGAUCAUAUUGUUUGUUAUGCUGCAAUCACUUGUACUCUUGCAGAUCCAUCUAAUUAAAUGAAUCAAGAGUAUACUAUCAUUCGAACUUCAGGAGCAUUUAAACUUUUUGAAGGUUUUGUUUAUUAAGGAAAAAUUAAAAAAGAUUAAAUUAAAUAUUUUAAAGUUACUGAUGUCAAUGAAGCUACUGGUUUAUAAAUUAUUGUUACUACUUCAGAAAAGAAUUAAAUACUUUUGAUGGCAAGUAUUAAUUAAAUGCCUACUUAAUAAUCUCAUGAUUUUACUUCUAGUUUCAAUUUUGGAGACUAUAUAAUUAUUCCUCCAAAAAAAGAUUCUUUUUAAAUUGUCACAUAUUAGUAUUUAUUUAAUAUUUACAUUAUAUAGUAUUGGUGUUUUGGCUUAUUAAGAAGUAUCCAUAUCAAUAUAAGUUAAAAUGGGACUUUCACGCUUUUAUCAUAUUAAAAUUUAAAAACCAUUUCUUACUACUUUACCUGAAGGCUCUAGAACUUAUUUAACAUUUUUUAAUAGCAUUUUAGGUGAUCUAAGUAUUCUAAUUAGUUCUAAUGUACUAAACCAAUACUUAAGACCAAAAAUACUUAUUAGUACAUAUUAAAUUAAUCAAUUAUCAGAAGUCAUGAAUUCUAUAUAAACAAAGUAUGUUUAAUUAUAUAUUAUUUAGUUAUUAUUGGAAAAUGGAUGAUUAUUAUCUCUAAAUUACAAGUGAUUAAUAGAAUUAUUGUACUAAUUGUUAUUAUAUGAUUUAUUUGGAAAAUAGUUAUUAUGAAAUUUAAUUAACUAUUACAAUUAAUCAACAAGAUUCUCCAAUAUAUUUAUUGGAUAAUGUAGAGUUAAAAAAUUAACUUAAAACUAAUUAGUCUUAGCGCUAUAUUUAUUAUCCAAGAAACAUGAAUGAUUUCUAUAUGAAUGUAACUGUUUUUAAAGGUUAAAUUUAUUUAUUCGAUCAAAAAGAUGGUUCAGAUAUUGAAUAUUCUCAUCAUCUACUUACUCUUAGUGAAUAAGAUGGAUUAUAUGAUUAUUUAAAUAAUUAAUUAGCUAGCCGUGAAGGAAUUCAUGCUAAUCGAAGUUUAUAUAUAAAUCAUGUCAAAGAGAAAAACAAUCUCUCCUAUUAUGAUUUUAAAGUGUUUUCUAAUUUCACAAAUGAAUCAAUCUAUUAAAUUGAAAUUAUAGAUAUAUAUUAAGCUAUUGAAUUAAAAAUAGGGUAACCAUAAAAGUUUAAGAUCACUUCAUAAAAUAAGGUAUAAUUGUACUUUGUUAUCCCUGAAGGGACUAAUGAUUUUAAUGAUAAUUACUAUUCAAUUACAAUUGAAAUUCAUACCUAUUAUAAAUCAUAGAUAUAUAAUUUUAUGCCUGAAUUCACUUUGAAACAGGAUAGAUAUAAUAACCUUGACCUACUCUCCAAUUAUCAUGAUUUCGUUGAUGCUCAAUUAUCUAUUUUACAAGAAUUAGAUAAUUUAAUUUAUAUUUAAAUACCUAGCAUACCAGGACUCUAUUUUCUUACCCUAAAUCCAAAAGAAAUUAAUCAUUUUUCAUACUCUAUUACUUUAGGAAACAAAGAUUAUGACAUAUUAACACCAAAAUCAUAGAGAUUAGUAAAAGCCAAAGUAGGAGAAUAAAAGAUAUGGGAAAUUCAUCUCUAUUAAACCUCUUAGCUUUUUGUGCAAAUUUAAUUAUGUGGUGGAAUCGUCAAUGUAUUUGGAAGUUCCUCCAGAGAUGAGCUCAGUAUGGGAUUUUUUAAAGAUAAAAUUGAACACAUUUAAAAUAAAUAAUUAAUUGGUAUCAUUCCAUCUGUAAUUCCUCAUAUUUAUUAUUUAAAUACUUAAACUAUUAAAAGUACUACAUAAGAUGAUUCUGUUUCAUAUAUAUUGAGACUUGACAUCCUAUAAUAAGAUACUAAUAUACCAAUUGAUCAUUUUUAUCCAGGGGAUGAUGGAGAGUUUAAAAUCUUAAUGAUUUCAAAUGAGUUGCAAUUUUAAUUCUCCCCUAUAUAAUCUUCUGGAAAGUCUAGUUAGGAUUAUUCAUUAGAAAGCAUCACUUAUACUUUUUUAUAUUAAAAGCAAAAAUAAAAUGAUAAUUCAACAUUUGAUAAAUGUAAACCCUACACAAACUACCAAUCACAACAUUAUAAAAAAAUUGAUCAUGAAGCUUAAAAAACAUUAUCUCAAAAAAUUAAAAUAGAAGAACAUGAUAUUGAAAAAUUACUAGCUACAAUUUAAGCUACUGGUAAAAAUAUGUAUUAUAUAUUCUAGUAAAUGUCAAAACCAAUAAUUAUGAGAGAUUAUCAUUAACUUACUAUUAUAAGGUAAAAAUUUUAGAAUCAAAUACUCUAUCUAAUGAUCCCUUGAAAGGGUAUUUUAUUAUAAUACUUGCAGUCUUAUUUUUCUUAUUUUUCAUUUUGGCCAUGAAGUACAGAAAUCUUAGAUUAAUGUAAAUAUUUUAUUAAUUAUAUAGUGCCAAAUUUGAUGCCUAUACAUAAGAGCCUAAAUAAGAAUAUGAACAAUAGAUUGAAAUGAAUUAUUCAAAUUUUAAGUGAUUUGCAG